UUUUUUUUUUCUAAAAUUUCAGAGAGACUUGUCCACCUUUUUUUUUUCUUUUUUUUAUUUGUUACAGAAACCCUCCUUUAUUGAUGGUGCUGUGUUUUUCCUUUUUCUUCUGCAAGAACUACACCUACUAAACCUUCUUUUUUUUUCAACUUUUUUUUGAGGUUUGGUUCUCUUCCAAUCUUAAAAGAAAAGGAAAAACGAAAAAGGUGAGAGCCAUGUCAGGCUUGUACAAUCCAAACUUCUCACCUGUCAGAGCUGCUUCUCCUCAGAUUAGAAGCACCCCAGAUGUUGAUAGUCAGUAUUUGUCAGAGUUGUUGGCAGAACAUCAGAAGUUAGGACCCUUCAUGCAAGUUCUUCCAAUAUGCAGUAGAUUGUUGAAUCAAGAAAUAUUGAGAGUUUCUGGAAUGUUGUCCAACCAAGGUUUUGGCGACUUUGACAGAUUGCGGCAUAGAAGUCCUAGUCCUAUGGCUUCUUCAAACCUCAUGUCAAAUGUCAGUGGGGCAGGGUUAGGGGGAUGGAAUAGUCUUCCAAAGCAGAGAUUAUGUGGACCCCCUGGAAUGACGAUGGACUGGCAAGGUGCACCGGCAAGCCCUAGUUCAUACACUGUCAAGAGAAUCCUACGCUUGGAAAUUCCGGUAGAUACAUAUCCCAAUUUCAAUUUUGUUGGAAGACUUCUGGGGCCUAGAGGAAAUUCUUUGAAACGGGUUGAAGCGACCACAGGUUGCCGCGUGUAUAUCAGAGGAAAAGGAUCAAUAAAGGAUCCGGACAAGGAAGAGAAGUUACGAGGAAGACCGGGCUAUGAGCAUCUCAAUGAACCGCUGCACAUUUUGAUCGAGGCUGAUUUGCCUGCUAAUGUUGUUGACAUCAGACUCAGGCAGGCUCAGGAAAUCAUUGAAGAACUGCUUAAGCCUGUGGAUGAGUCACAGGACUACAUUAAGAGACAGCAGUUGCGCGAAUUAGCUAUGCUGAAUUCGAAUUUCAGAGAAGAGAGUCCUGGCCCAAGCGGUAGCGUGUCUCCCUUCAAUUCCAGCGGAAUGAAACGAGCGAAAACAGGUCGCUGAAAAGGGUGUCCGUCGUCAUCGUCGAUGGUGUAGAUGGUUAUUGUGGUCCUCCAGCUAUUCGUUGCUGAGAAUGUCGUCGAGUCGCAGGUCCAAUCAAUGAAGCUAUAAGAAGAAGAAAUAGGCUAACAAUUCUUGCUGGUUAGCGUGGUUUUUCCUCCCCCUUUUGUCCCUACCUUUUUACCUUUCUUGAACAACAGGAGACAAAGCUGGAAUGAAGAUUUUUUUAAAACCGAAAAAAAAAAAAAAACAAAAAAUAUAUAGUUGGGUAUUGAAAAUAGGUUUUGUUCAAACCAACCCCACUUUUUCCCCUUAUAAACUUGAUACAUUCAUUGGAUUUAUUCUUGCAUUAGUUACUUUUGAGAAGUGUGGAAUAUAUACAUGUGAUGUAAUGGUGAUGGCGGCGGCGGCAGCGGCAGUGGUGGUGACGACGGGUGAAAUUUUAGGUCCAAGAGGAUCAAGUGUUGUCGCCAUGUGACAUGUGUCGAAGUCUAUGGUAUUUUAAAUAUUUAUGAGUUUUAGCAUAGGAUGGAUUCUUUUUAGUUGUUUUUGUCACAAGCAUUUGUAUUCUCUUCCAAGAGAUAUAUGCAAUGGUAGUUGGAAUGAUGCAUUGUCAGAUGAACAUCUUACCAUGUACCAUUAUAGGAAGAAAAAAAAAUGUGGUAUUUGUUUAUAUAAUUGUUCUAAAUUUUGGUCAUCAUGUUUAAUGGAUAUGGACAAGGAACAUUUUUUCUUUC